GGCGCGGGGCAGGGCUGGCUGGCGGUGGCGGCGGCGGCGCGGGCCCGGCGGCCGGAGGACGGAGGCAGACGACGGGCAGCGCGCGUCUCCCUGCCAGCGGUUGGGUGCAGGGGCUGAGCGGCCCGCCCGGCCCAGCAGUAGCAGUAGCAGCAGCGGGGUCUCUCCGCGCCGGGCGGCCCCUGGCGGGCGGAGCGGCCCCUGGGCUCGGCGGGGAGCCGGACAGAGCCGCGCCGUCCGCGUGAAUGAGAGUGUGCCCCGAGUGCCGGGCAGGGGACUCCAACCGUCAUGUUAAGGUAAAGCAGAAAAGUGCAGUGCUGAACAUGCUAAAGAGGUUAGACAAAAUAAGGUUCAGAGGUCACAGGAGAGAUGAGUUCCUUGAUUUAGCAGAGUCUCCAAAUGCUUCAGAUACUGAAUGUGGAGAUGAAAUCCCAGUGAAAAUACCUCGAACGUCACUCAGAGAGAAUGACGAACUAAGAGACCCUGCUGGUCCAGGGACCAUCAACAUGGCAUCAGGAGUCCAGGAUUUUAACAGAACAGAGUCUGAUAGAUUAAAUGAGAUCAAAGGUCACCUGGAAAUCGCCUUACUGGAAAAACACUUUUUACAGGAAGAGCUCAGGAAGCUCAGAGAAGAAACAAACGCCGAAACCUUAAAACAAGAACUAGAAAAAGAACGGCAGAGGAGAUUGGAACUAGAACAAAAGGUCAAUGAAGUACUUAAAACAAGAACAGAAGAGCUGCCUACAACACAGCAACCCGCAAAACCACCAACACAAGUCAAUGGAACAGAUAAACGCAGUCAGAUGAUGUGUUCAAGAGUCCAGAAGUGGUUUUAUGACAAAUUUGGGGAGUAUGUUGAAGACUUCAGAUUUCAGCCGGAGGAAAACACAGUGGAAACUGAAGAGCCACUUAGCGCUAGAAGGUUAACUGAAAAUAUGAGAAGAUUAAAGAGAGGUGCCAAACCUGUUACUAAUUUUGUGAAGAAUCUUUCUGCCUUAUCAGAUUGGUAUUCUAUCUACACUUCUGCUAUUGCCUUUAUUAUUUACAUGAAUGCUGUAUGGCAUGGCUGGGCCAUUCCUAUGUUCUUAUUUUUAGCAAUUUUGAGGUUAUCCCUAAAUUACCUCAUAGCCAGGGGUUGGAGAAUACAGUGGAGCAUUGUGCCUGAAGUUUCUGAGCCCAUUGAACCUCCAAAGGAAGACCUGACAGUGUCAGAAAAGUUUCAGCUUGUUCUAGAUGUGGCACAAAAAGCACAGAACCUAUUUGGCAAAAUGGCAGACAUAUUGGAAAAAAUCAAGAACUUGUUCAUGUGGGUCCAGCCAGAAAUAACACAGAAGCUAUAUAUUGUUCUAUGGGCAGCUUUUAUUGCAUCCUGCUUCUUUCCCUACAGGAUUAUAGGGCUUGCAAUGGGACUUUAUGCUGGAAUUAAGUUUUUCCUUAUUGAUUUUAUCUUCAAACGAUGCCCAAGACUUCGAGCUAAGUAUGAUACUCCUUAUAUCAUCUGGACAAAUUUGCCUACAGAUCCUCAACUCAAAGAAAGGUCUAAUGCUACAGUGUCAAGACGGCUGUCAGGGCAUGAAAAGGUUCAAACAGCAUCAUCGAGAAGUUGUGUGGGCUCAGGUGCCCCAGCUGGAGUAAACAAAGAUGAAGACAGUAGUCGUUUUCAUACCACCAAAAGAGGCAAUUUCUAUGAAGUCUUUAACCUAUCAGAAAAUGAGCGUCCUUUGGCAGUAUGUGAAAAUGGUUGGCGCUGCUGCUUGAUUAACAGAGACAAGAAGAUGCCCACGGACUACAUUAGGAAUGGGGUUCUUUAUGUUACAGAAAAUUACUUAUGCUUUGAAAGCUCCAAAUCUGGCUCUUCUAAGAGAAAUAAAGUUAUUAAACUAACGGAGAUAACAGAUAUUCAGAAGUACAAAGUGCUCUCUGUUCUCCCAGGAUCAGGGAUGGGUAUUGCAGUAUCAACACCAGCUACACAAAAACCAUUAGUGUUUGGUGCCAUGGUACACAGAGAUGAAGCUUUUGAGACCAUUUUCAACCAGUAUGUGAAAAUAAUCUCUGCAGCAUCGAACAGUGAAAGCUAGUGUCUUAUCUUCAGACGAUCUAGAGGAGACUUUAUUUUACAACUUGGUAGUGAAUAAUUGAACAUCCUCAUCUAUUUUGCAAUAAUUUUUCCUGUCACAUGGUUUAUAGUCUGUCUGUUACAUGAAUCAAGUGUAUUUUAUAUAUGCCUUCAUGUUUGUUUUUAAGGUUUUUGUAAAAAAACAGUGAAAGUGCUAUCAUCACUAUUAGCCUUGCACAUUAAGCACUUUUAAUGUUUAUUUACUGACAUUAAAAGCUAGGACGAUACUUGGAGAACUGCCUAAAUAUCAGACACUGGGACAGAUUCAUCCCUUGGGUACCUCCAUUGAUAUCAUCAGGGAUUAAUUUUGCCCACUGUCUGUUGUUUUUGCAUGAGUAGAAACACAUUACAAUAGUCUGGUGUAUGUUUCUUGAGUACAACAAUCACUGAAUUGGGUACUUUAUCAAACCAGUAUCAACACCUACGAAAUAUCACUAUUAGCUGGUAAGAAUAUUGAUAUUAAGGCAAUUUUUCUUGCUGAUUUCUGUAUUAUAAAAGGGUUUAUUUUUGAACAGUUUGACCUGAUUCAAUUUUUGGUGCAUACAUAGUUUCAAAUUCCUUGUACAGUGAAUUCAGCAUUACAAAGCAGAAGGAAAUGUUUGGAACCUUACCUUCCUUUUCUGAUCAACCCAAGUGGAAGAAAAGAACUACUUGUUCUCUGAGGGCAUCAAAACUUUGUUCAUAAAAUGUUAGGCAACAUAUAUUUGUAUUCCUAUUGAUAUUUGUCAUGGAAGGGCUCAAUAAUUGUACUUGUACAUAUAAUGUAGCAAGAUGCACGUACGUUCAUGCAAAAAGAUUUAAUGACCAUCUUUUUCUGAUGCAGGGGGAAGUUGGAAUAAUUACACCCAAGCAAAACUUGAGAUCAGAUUUGUAUGUUAUAUAUUCAUUUAUAUUUGGGAUUGUGGGGGCGGGGAGGGUUUGCGAGAAUCCCUUACAACAGAAAUGUCAGGACAAUGUAACAAAUGAAGACAUUAUUUCCAGAAGAAAUUAUUCUAUUUUGAUCUCCCCUUUCUUUAUUCCAUUUUUCCAACAAUAGAACCUGACUUUGUCAAAUGGAGCAGUGACACUGUGCCUGCCUUCUCCAUAGUUUUUCUCUAUUGAGGGGCAACGCAUAUAAUAUUGGUCUUACUUUAAAUUUUGAAAGCUUGGCAUAUUCCAUGUAAUAUAAAGCCCAUCUGAGAGUUUAGGAUUUCAUUUGCAUUCUCCUAAAGGCACAGCAGAAUGUAUACUAGCUCCCCAGUAUAUUUUCUCCCUACUGCACUUUUGAAUUUAGUAGUAUUUUUAUUUCACAAACUUUCCCAAAAGACAGAUCAAGAAGAUAAUUCUGUUAGCCGAUCUACAAAGUGUUGAUUUUAAAGUCAAUACACUUCUUAGCCAUGUGUUUUCUAUUUAAACAAGUUUUAUGGGACAUCAUUACACAGAAGAUCUUUAAACGAACUCCAGGGUUACAUUCAGUUAAGGAUAACAACAAUACAAAGAUCCAGGGAAAAAUGGCACUCUGAAACUGUAGAAACCUAUUUGAAGUGGCAGUGAAGAUAAUGUUAAUAUUAAUAUGAAUAGUUAAUGACAGUAUUUCUCCAUAUUGUAUUUAAAGUUCAUGUGCAUUGGGACUCACUCAAUUGAAUAUUUAAGGCACAAAGUUGUUCAUGUUAAAGCUCUGUGUUGUAUAAAUAUGUAGCACAAUCCAUCUUAAAUAAUUUAAAAUUAAUAUCCAUGCACUGAGUUCAGGAAAUCACUUAAUCAUGUAUUCAAAUGUCCUGAAUAGUUAUGGACCUCAGCACAUGCUUAAAUACAGUACGAAGAGGGAUGUUUUCCUGAACCAGGGCCUUGAAAGUUUAGAGUAUAAUUUAAAUUGGUAGGUGAUCCAAUUACCCACUGUAUAACAGGGAUGUUAACCAAAUACCAUUUUGAAGCUACUUUCAUUUGGCAAAUAGAUAUUCAUUUGGCAUAUACAGGCUUAUAUUUAAGUAAAACUAUUACUUUUAAUUUUGAAGAUUUUUUUUAAAAAGCAAUUUGAUUUAAAGAGAAGAAAUUGUCAUUUAUACAACAGCAAUUUAUUAUAUAGUUAGACUUUUAUAAAGCCUCCUUUAAGCAUCAAAGUGGCAGAUGAAUUACAAUAAGUGGCGAAUAAAUAAGCAUUAAUAUAGCUUAAUGUUAUGUGCAACUUAGUCAUAUUCAUAGUUCAUUCAGUUUGUCUUAAAAUCCCUUGGGUGUUUGUGAGGUUGUCAUUUUUUUGAAGAAACAGAAGAUUAUAUUUUUUACAGAGCAAGUGGUUUUUCUUAUUUUUGUAUCAUUUUCACGUGUAAUUUUUACCUUCACUCUGAUCAUAAGGCAGUGGUUUUAGUGUAAUUGCUGGUAACUGCACUUAUUACCCCCCAACACGCGCCCCCCCCCCCCCCCCCCCCCCCGACUGGCUGACUAGUAUGUAAAAUUGUCCUAUAUUUUGGUUCCUGAAAGACUAAAAUAUUGUUAUGUUGAUGAUGCCAGGACAAUUAACAAGACUCAUUUUAAAAGAAAUAAUAAGUCAUUUGCCAUCUUCCCAGACUUAGAAUCCUCCUACAGAAAAUAUACUUUUUUAAAACUUUAGUUUGGUCAACAAAGAUAACCGUCCUACUAAUACUGAUUUGUCCUUUAAAAUUAAUCUGCACUUUAACAAUAUGUAUUUUAAAAAAAAUUGUUAAAGCAGUAAACUUAUUGCAAACUACAAUGCAACAUUGGUUCAUGCUGAUAAAAAUAAAAUGAACUGGAUUUUUUUAAAGAGUAAAAUGUGUAAUAUAACUGAUUAAAGAUUCAUGUAUAUAUUUUGCAAAGUUCACUUUACAUUAGGUUAUAUGAAUUACUGCAGAGUAACUGCUCUUGUGUUACAUAAUUAAAGGCACUAAACAAUAACUUCAGUGCUCUUACUUGUGAGUAUUGCUACACUUUUGUUUCUCCUGGGUCCUGAAAUGCUGGGAGGCAGUGACAAAUACAUAAUUUACUUGGGUAAUUGCACUGAGGUUAAUAAUUUAAAAUUUACCUUCCUGCAUACAAUAUGCAGUAUAGUCUUCUUUUGAUUCAAGAUUGAGUGGUGCCACUUAAUGUAAAGUGUUACUUUUUGACAGCAAAAAGUGAUGUUUUUGCCAUACUAUUGUUCAUUUGCUGUCAUUUGUUGUAAUUCUGUUGAUGUAUGUGGUUUAUUGUUGGAUCAUUCACAUUUAAUUGGUUUAACUUCUUUCCUAGAAGUGUAGUGGUUAGUUUGAGUUCCUUUCAAGAAAAAAAGGGAGAUGAAAACUUACCACAUUUAUUAUUCAUCAGUGACCAUUUAAAUACAAAUUCCUGAUGAAAAGUUCAGAUACAUCAUCAUGUUUUUCUGUACUUUAUCACUCUUGUGAGGUCAGAUUGACUAUAAAUGAGCUACUUAUAAGUGGCAACAUUGCACAAAAAGCCAGCAGCAAAACCUUAUUACUGUCCAUGCAGACCAAGAGAGAAGAUAUUUUACGUGAGAGUUAAGAGGUGAACGUGUGUACAUUUUUUUUGGCAACUUAAACUCCUGCAAAGAAAACUGGUAGUUUUUAUCGAAUUCUGUAAAUUUUGGCUGAUAUUUAAUUUCUAUUACUAAUCACUGAAAUAGAAUGGAUGUUAAAAUAGUUUUUAUGUCUGAAGUUUGUCUAUUUUGAAGUUGUAAAUAAUUAUGCAUUGGCAGUGUAACUUUUGUUCAACAAAAGACUUAUACUGUGUGAAGAAUUGAAAUAAUGAAACAAUUUGCCUGUACAUUUUUUAAGAAUCUUGUUUGUUUAAAAAAAGUAUUGUAUAAAUUAUAAUUUUUAUUUAAAUAAACCUACAAAUGCUUUGUGCUAA